AUGGUGGGCCAUUUCAAGGUCAUUUGGCGCUUGGUCUAUGGCAUCCUCACUGCUGGGCACACCAUGCUGUCGGUGGUUGCUUUGAUUGCCUUGGGCCUUUGGGUUUGCGGUUGCGUGGCGAUCGAAAUCAUCACCAAGGACCCGGACCUGGCGAGCGAUCUGCGCACCGAGCAGAUCGUGGAGGAGAACUUUGGGACGUUGGGCAGAUCCUGUUUGACCUUGCUGCAGUUUGCCACCUUGGACUCCAUCGCACAGGUCUACUUCCCACUCAUCAUGGUGAAGGAGUGGCUCUUGUUCUUCUUCUUGCCCAUCAUGCUCUUCCUUUCGAUCGCCUUGAUGAACCUCGUGACUGCCGUUCUUGUGGAACAUGCUUUGGAGCACGCCGCUCAUGAAGCCGAGACAGAGCGGUUAAAGACGAAGCAAAAGAUCAAGGCUGCUCUCCCCGCUUUGCUGGACACCUUCCAGCGCUUGGACGUGGACCAAAGUGGUUUCAUCACCAAGGAGGAGAUCAAACAUGUUUCCUUGGAGAUGUUGCCGCCCAAACUCUUGGACCAUGUCUCGGUGGACAGCAUGGCAGACCUCUUUGACUUGUUGGAUGUGGAUAAUGGUGGUGAAUUGUCCCAGCCCGAGUUUGUAGAAGGCCUGAGUAGAGAGUCGAUUUUCCAAGUAGUUCCCAGAAGAAUCUAUUGUUGGGCUCAUUUUGUCAUAUUCACUUUCAAAAUCAAAACCUUCUGA